AUGGGUUCCAUUUUCUUUUCAUGGAAAAAACACGAAGACAAAACGAAAACAGAAGAUGAACAUCACAAGCCGGCUAACGCUAAUUUGGCUGAUACGGGGACGAAUACUGCGUCGACUGUAGACCAGAAUCCUUCGAACUCAGCACUCAAUCCACAAGCUUCAGGCACAUCAAAACAGUCCAUAGAUCUUCAUGAUAUAGAAUCUUAUCAACAUCCAAUAGUAUUUCCUCCACAUAUGCCUCCUCCGAUUGUUCAUGAUGGUCCAGUGCGAGUAUGCAUUGAUAUGGAUACUUACAUUCGUACGAAGCCUAUUGAUGAAGAUUCAUGUUUUGACUGGUGGACUUACAAUGGUGGAUCACCUGGACCAAUCAUUCGAAUACGCCUUGGUGAUGUUCUAGAAGUCCAUUUUACCAACAAAGAUCAAACUGGUAUGCAACAUAAUAUUGAUUUCCAUGCUAUCGAAGGUCCAGGUGGUGGAUCUUCAUUAUUGACUGUCGAACAAGGACAGAAGAAAAUUGCUCUAUUCAAGCCGUUACGUGCUGGCCUAUUUCUCUAUCAUUGCGCUAUGGCACCUGCUCCCGUACACUUAGCUCAGGGAAUGUACGGAUGUGUGUUAGUAGAGCCCGAGGGUGGAUUACAGCCUCCAGCACAGAGAGAAUAUUGUAUUGUCCAAGCUGAAUUAUACACAAGUGAGAGAAUAGAUGAAAAAGAGCCGGUUGUGUACAUAGGUCCGGAUGAAGCAGAAAACAGAGAGAAAAUAGAAAAUGAACUCAAAGGGUUAACUCGAUUGGACAUGGAUGUCGAAGCAGGCGUACUCGAGAAAGCUACCCAUGUAUUGUUCAAUGGUAUAAAAGGAGCAGAAGGUUAUACUUUUCCUGAACAUACUAAUACGAGUAUUGAGCUAGCCAAGGAUGCUUUACUAGCCAAACCAGGCGAUAAUAUCCGUAUUUUCUUUGUGAAUGCUGGACCAAACUUAGUAUCUUCUUUUCAUAUUAUCGGUGGAUGUUGGGAUAGAGUAUGGCGAGAAGCGGAUCUCGUCUCAGCACCAGCACAGUGGGUACAGACGACACUGGUACCUGCAGGUGGCUGUGCUGUGGUAGAUUUUCAGCCUCAUGUACCAGGAACAUAUACUAUGGUCGAUCAUUCACUCUUUAGAAUUGAAAAAGGAGCAAUUAAAUUCAUCCAUGUGAAAGGUGAUCCACUCAGUCGACGUGAUCUCUAUGCUAGCGGUAGUGGACAUGGCCUUAAAAAUUGUGAUGCAUGCAAGUUGCAUCCCAAGUGA